CGUUCGGUAAAAGCGGUAAAAGCAGAAGUUUUGUUUACUGGAACAGUUCCUGGCGUAAAAUUGUGAUCGUUGUGAGUUUUUGUGUUAGAAAUCAGAUUUUAUCCAACAUGAAAUGUUCCUUGUGUAAGAAAAAUUCUUCAAAGUUAGUAACGUAUCGUCUCUGCAAAUGCUGCUCGGAAAGGGUGGAAUCCGGCUGCCGAGAGUCGAUCAUUUUCGUUGCGGCCAACGAAGAGCAGUCGGCAGUGCGCAAGGUGGAAUGCGACGUUUGCCAGGAACCGGUCCUGAAGGAUGAGCUGGAACAGCACCGCGAAACGUGCUGCCCGAGCCGGAAAGUGUUCCGGUGCACGGUUUGCGAUGCGGAAUACCAGCACAAGGACGACCUGUGGGGACAUUUGGAUGAGCAUGAGAUACAAGACGAAGCCAAGGAUAUUUGCUGCGGGGAAACGAAUGUGAUGUACGAACUGCACAAAUGCGACCUAUGUAACGAUCACCGCGUUUAUCGGGAAAGUCACUACUGGAAUCACGUUCACGAAGAUCACGAUGGGUAUUUUCUGAAAUGUUCGAAUUGUGAUGAAACUUUCCGAUCGCGUAAGCUUAAAACUGAACAUGACGAAAACCAUUGUUGGGCCAACGAAAAGGAUGGCGGUAAUUCAGAUUGCGGGAAAAGUUCGCCGUUACAAGACCUCCAAACAGAUAAUGACGAGGAUCACUAUGAGGUUAAGGAUGUAUUGAUAGAAUACCCCGAAUGUGAAGAUAUUCCUAUGUCACAAGAUGAGGAUCAAUUAGCCACUGCUAUCGAAAAGCCGAAACGUGAAAAAGCUGUGAAGAAAAAUUGUCCGGACUGCGGCCUUAGGAUACAAAAGCGCACAGCUUUGGGCCCUCAUCACUGCAUAGUCGAUGAAAAUGCCCUAAAACAACACCAAUCUUCAUCGUAUGUCCGUAAGCAAUGUCCGAAUUGCGGACGUGAAUUUAGGAAACUCUCAACGUUCGCCAAACAUAAAUGUGAGGCUAAUGCGAAGGCCAAAGUCGACAACUCCUCAGACAUGACUGAAAGUCUUGGUAGAAAAGAAAACAGCCAUACAGAUCAACCAUCGGCUGAAACCCCCACACCGAGUAAACCUCAAUGUCCGCACUGUAAACGCUUCUACAUAAACCGCGAGAGCAUGCUGGUUCACAUAAGGUCGCUACACAGGAAAGCUCGUUGCACGAUUUGUGGCUUGGUGCUGGCAAAUUACGGUCUGGUGAAGGCGCACCGACUCGCGGUCCACAUCGAAAAGGCCGAGUGUCCGCACUGUAAACAGAGAUUCUCGAAGAAAAACUUCCAAAACCACUUGAACUCGCACAGUGAGGCAAGCCAUCUCUGCCCGGACUGUGGAAUGAUGUUCAAAUCGAAUCAAAACCUGCAGGUGCACCUGAGGCGGUUCCACACUCCGGGAAAGACGCCGUCCAUGAAACGGUACAUACGGCACGGGAAGAGCAGGAACCGUGUGAUUGAUGUCGACGAGAAUGCGACGGAAAAUUCGGAAUCUCAACAGGAAGGGUCGUAGUAGUGUUUGUAUGUAGGAUUAAGGAGGCUAGCAGAUAAAGUGUAAGUAUCGUAUUUGAUGUUUUAGGAUAAUUAAAGAAAAAUGACGCUUUUUACAAA